AUGGGCUCCAUAAGCAACCCCCCACAGCCUCUCAACAUCACCGUAGAAUUCACCGGUGGCCUCGAAUCCCUCUUCUCCAACAAGCGAAAACACACCCUCUCCGUCCCUGCCACAACAGCGGUAACCGGUGAACCGACAACCAUAUCCUCUCUCGUCCACCACCUGGUAGAGAACGUCAUGCAAGAUCAGCGAAGGGAGCUGUUUGUGCUUGAUGGGGCUAUACGGCCCGGCAUUCUCGUGCUGAUAAAUGAUGCGGACUGGGAAUUGGAAGGGGAAGAGAAGUAUCGGAUUCAGCAAGGGGAUAACAUAUUAUUCGUGUCUACGUUGCAUGGGGGAUAG